CCGCAGCUGCCGGCGACCUGGCUGCGGAUCUCCGCGUCCUCGGCGCGGAGCCGCUGCGGAUAUUUUAAACACAAAAUUGAACAGCUCAAAGUAGAACUCUUCUGUGACCUCCUCACCUCAAGGGCCUGCAUUCAACAGAACCGAUCCCAGUUCCCAGCCAGUCACAUAUACCACUUGAAGGAAAAUGAACAUACUGAACAGCCACCAUUUUUUGUACUUUCUGCCUACAACACGCCUUGUCAUCUUACUAGCAGCUUUGACAACUGCAGAGGAUGUGACUAACAGCACUUUCAACCGCACUGAUGUGAGCGUGGGAUCUGUGCCUAUGGUAAUCUCCCGCAUCGACCAUAUUAUCGUCAAGGAGGGGAGUAGUGCCUUGAUUGACUGCAAUGUCCAAGGUAGUCCUAGUCCACAUUACAGAUGGUACAACUCCAACGGCCGCCUGCUCCAAGAGGAAGAAAACAAAGCAGGAAAAUGGUGGUUUCUUGACAAUGGGCUAUUAAACAUUACCAGCGUGUCUUUUGAAGACAGAGGCAAAUACACAUGCGUCGCAUCUAAUAUGUAUGGCAGUGCUAACAAUACUGUGACGCUGAGGGUUGUUUUCACCUCUGGAGAUAUGGGAAUCUAUUACAUGAUUGUCUGCCUUGUAGCUUUUACCAUUGUUAUGAUACUGAACAUUACUCGUUUGUGUAUGAUGAGCAGUCAUCUGAAGAAAACUGAGAAAGCAAUCAAUGAGUUCUUCAGAACAGAAGGGGCAGAGAAACUCCAGAAAGCCUUUGAGAUUGCAAAACGUAUCCCAAUUAUCACUUCAGCCAAGACACUCGAGCUUGCCAAAGUAACCCAGUUCAAGACGAUGGAAUUUGCUCGCUAUAUUGAGGAGCUUGCUCGGAGCGUACCUUUGCCACCUCUCAUCAUGAACUGCAGGACUAUAAUGGAAGAAAUUAUGGAGGUUGUUGGUCUGGAGGAACAAGGACAGAAUUUUGUGCGGCAGACAGCAGAAGGCCAGGAAACCACUGAGACAGAUGAGCUGUACAUGAUCCCAAAUGCUUUGAAGCGCAGUGACUCUCCCACAGCUGACUCUGAUGUGUCGUCACUACACGAGCCACCUCAACAGAUUGCAAUAAAAGUGUCAGUUCACCCAUUGUCCAAAAAGGAUUGCAUGGAUGGUCAAUCACAAGAAAGCAUGCAGAUGGACACCAAGGAAGAAGACACUCCUCAAACACCAGCACUUCCUGCAGAGCCCCCUCCUGAGCCUUCUGCUGAACUCAGUUCUGAUGACACAGCAUUGGCAAAUGACAAAAAUACGUGUGUUAUCUAUGAAAGCCAUGUAUGAUAGUUACUCCUGAAUCUAUGCAUAGCAGGAAAAUCAGGUGGAGCUCUUUUAAAAAUACAUAUUGUACUUGCCGCUAAGCCUUACCUGGAGACUAUCAUAACAAAAGCAUGUGUGUGGGUUAUUUGGCACUAUCUUCUCAGUUUGACAUCAGUUUACCAUGAUGUAUGGCAGAGUAAUUGCUAUUACAUUAAUAUUAAUUGCUCUUUUUGAUUAGGAGUAUUUCCAAGAAACAUUUACCUCAGCAUUUUCUAGGUUGGAGUCACCUGUAGUGGCCUCCUGGAAGUCAUUGGUAGUCUUUGAUGUAGGACACUUGAACUUGCUAAACAUAAAACCGGUCUUAAUUUUCCUCCUUCACUCUCAUUAUUUCAAUUUAUUGCAUUUUUGCAAAUAUUGUCUUGUGAAUUUGAAAUAUUGCCCAAGAGGCAGCACUUUAGUAGCCAAAUAAAAUCCUAAUAGAUCCCAUUUACAAAGCCUGUUUGCUCAGCUGCAUUGUGAUUUAGAGGGCUAUUAAAGAAAGUUAAAAUGUUUUCAUUUCAUUUGAGACCACAGUGCUUAGGCACAUGGGAAACAGUUUUCCCUUUCCAUGGAAUGAUGAUGCCAACAAUUGUUUCUUUCACACUGAGAAACAACUUUGAGGUGUAUUUUACAGUUGGGAAAGCCUAGAAACAUCUUAUAGAAAGCUACAAUCCAAUAGGGUUUUGGGGGGUUUUGCAUGUAUUUGACCAUUUUUUACUUUGCCAGAAUUCUAUCUGGCAACAGCUGCAAGUAUGCAGCUUAUUUUGUAGUCAUUUGGUAGGAGUAAGUGUGCACUACCUUACCAGAAGAUAUGCAGAUUCCUUAAUAGUCGUACAAACACCAGUAAUCAGAUGAUGGCAAGGCUGAAAUGGCAGAAGUUGAAAUUCUCAAUUUUGUGCAGAUUCAUAUUCUGAAAAUCAAUCCUAAAGCAUAAGUCUGAGAGUGUUUUAUCCAAACAAGCAAAGAAAUUAUAAUCAAAUGUUCUGUGAAAUGACAAUGACGAUCACACAAACUCUUUACUUUGUUAUAAUUGCUUUGGUGUUUUAAGAACCUCCUCCCUUUGUAGGAUAUUCACUGCUUGAGUACAUGUGACUGUAGCCCGCUAAAGCUUUAAUGAUCACAGUGAUUGUGGUGUUAAAAAGGAUCAACAUUUAUGCCAGGAAACCCCAGGAGUGGAAGAGAAGUGAUAAUUUAUGUUGCAGACAGACAAUAAAAAGGACCUUCUUCAGGGUGGAAAGAAAACAUGCACAAGGAGGAGCUUGUGUAGGGCUGAUAGCCUAUUACUUAAUUACCUGGCACACAUUUAAUGUACAACUAAUGAACAAUUACUUAAUAGUUUAAGAAGGACUGUAGAGUAAAUAUAGAUACUCAAAUCUGGAGUCAAAUAUAUUACAGAAAAAGAAGUCACUUAGUUCUAUUGGGAGGUGAUGUGUGGAUGGCUUUCUGGACAUUUUACUGAAGCAGACACUUCUACAUAAAGUGUCCGUUGGAGGCAAUCAAGCUGUGUUAACUGCAUGGCUAACUGAGACCAAAGUCAAUGUUGCAGCUAUCUAAAAGAACCCUUGAUACUGAACUGAGGUUUUAUGUCAACUUUCUCAUGUUAAAGUGCAGAGCUUCCCUAGCAAUACAGGAACACUCGGUGAGUUUCAGAAGUGAUGCAGGGAAGGCUGCAUAUUUACCUUUCUAUGGUUAUUUAAAAAAAUACAUUUUUAAUAAUGGACAUCAGAUUUUGCAACCAACUUGUGAAUAUGAUAACAUUUAGUUGCCCGAUGUUUAUUUGUGCUCACUGCAGUAGCAGGCAUCUAUACAAAACGCAUUUGCACAUUCCCAAAUAGUGGGCAAAGUCCCUUUAAGAAUGUGGCUGGAAAUAUUUCAGUUCCAGCACGGCAAUAUAAAUCUAGGGAACAGGGUCAACUAAGGGAAUACUACAAAGAACCUCAUUUCUGACCAGUGUGAUUGAAAAUACUACUGAUGCAAACUGUUCACUUCUUGUCUGAGUCCAAAGUGCAUUUCUUUUUAAUGUUCACAGCAGUUUUUCAAGAUACUUAAUUUGAUUCUGGUAUGAAAAAGGAUGAGGGUAGAAGCAAAAGCAGGAACUUGCACUAAAUUCAUUUAACUCACCUUAACCAGCUGAAAAGAGACAUCUUGAUUUGUUUGCCUGUCCAGCAUCUACAAAAAAUGCUCCUGCAUUCCGAAGGUACCUGCUUAAUGCCCUGCUAAGAUUGCACAAAUGAGCAAGGUUGUUCUCCUUGGAAGCAUAAAGCCAACUUUUAAAUUACACUUUAAAAUAAAAUGUUUCAGAUUUAUUUGUUAAACUACAAUAUUUUAGUUGGUUUUUUUUUUUAAUUAUGACUUUUUACAGUAGACACCAGACCCCUUCAUGUAUUCAUACGGUGAUCAGUACCAGGUGGUUCUGAUCCCCUCUGCUACCCCAGGCUGUCCUCCAGCCUGUUUGAUAUUUAUUAUUUAUUUAUUUAUUGAGAAACAAUUGAGAGCAAAGAAUCCCCAUGGGUUUUUUCAGUAUCUCUGUGUAAACCUGCUAGAAGAUACAGAUUAGCUGUUUUCCAAAGGCUGCCCACAUAGAGGAUGUAUUUGAUGUGCACGCAGAUGUACAUUGCAACCUGCCUAUGAGCAGCAGCUGUUUGGAUCAGAUGCAUGUAUAGUUGUAGUAUUGAAUUCCAGCUGCAAUAAGGUCCAAAGGACCUUGCCUUUGCUGGAGCUGGACUCAGAGCUUAGGGGUCACACGUAGGACUGCUCCAGCCAGUCUGCUAUAGAUUCUUUGGACAUUUAGAACAAAAGCAGAACAGCACUGUAUCUGAAGAAAAUACAGAUAGUGGUGGUUCUGGAAUCUUCUUCUGUUUUCAUAUAUGCUGCUCAGUAUCUUUAUGCAUCUAUUGUAUAACACCUGUAAGCCUAAAGCUAUUUACAUGUUUUCAGGCGCAUCUGUUGUGGGAGAUUGAUAGGAAGCAAGAGCCAAACCCAUCUGUCCCGUUCCAGACUUUCUGAUAUGCUAUUAUAAAGUAAGCAAUUCUGUCUCGCAGUAUUUCUUAGGAAAUGGAUAUUUUAUUUUAACAAAUAUAAAAUUAAGGGUGGCUCUGAGAAAAGAUUAAUAUUUCCAUUGUUAGGUAUUUUCAUGCAUCUUAAGCACUUCAGGGAUGUGAGAGUGAUCUGUCCCCAUCAUUUGACUAUGCACACCUAUUGUUACAUCGUUCCAAAUAGUAAUGGUUCUUAAAACACUCAGAGUCUGGAAAAUCCAGUCCAACUGAAAGCAUUCCAAAAGCAUAAGGAACACCAAAUCAGGCAUAGAAAGGAAAAGAGAUUUGCAAGAUAUAUUUACACCAUUUUAAAAUAUUUUGGCCAAGACUUCAUGAAACAUGAAUAGAUUUCUGCAGCACAAGAAAUCAGUGUUGGAUUUGAAUUUUACACUUACUAUUUUUUUUUCCCCACUAAAUUAAGCCUAUAUUAAUCAGAGUACUUGCUAUCUACUUACUCAACAUUCUGAGCAGCAUUUGUUUACUGCUGAUCCUUUCUUUUAUUCUCUGAUUUGAGUAUGCCUGUGAUGAAACCUACCCUUCAGUCAUUUUUGAGACUGUCAUUUAAAAAACAUAUAAGAACCCACAGAUCAGCAUUUCAAUGACGAUUUACGAGUAUUAGGCAAGGCACAGCGGUUCGCUGCUGUGCUUAGAAGUUCCUUUCUAAUUGGAAGAGUUGCAGAAUGGCACAUGUGGGCAGACGGUGAUUUUUUAAUAUCAGUGCCUGUUUUAUCCUACUGUACAUAACUGUGUCCGUUCCUUGAUUUGCAGUUACCCUUUGACAAAAGUACUGUAACACAUAACCAGGGCUUUCUGACAUUUGGGCUGAUUCAGAUCGACUAAUUGUGGAAAGUGUUAACACCGCUGAAUUUUAAGAGUUCUCAUGGAUAUCUUGGCAGCAUGCUAUUUUAAGAGUUGGCCUCUUAAGUAUGUUGUGCUUAGUGGGACAACCGAAAGCUUCUUAGAUGCAAAGAAAAUGCUUGCACUGAAGUAUCUUAAGUUAUAGUUUGUUUAUUAUUAAAUACUUUUUUGAUUUUUCAAGAAACUGUACGACAAAUAUGAAUGUGUUCUUCUGAGAAGCAGUUACUGUAUUUUGAUUUGAAUAACUGUUAUGAUUUUAUAGUUCACAGCCGUAAACCACAAAGAGACCAGUUUGUGCUGAAGUGGCAAAAUGAAAUGUGAUCCAGCUUGUAAAUUGAUCAUUGUUUCAAUAAAGAACUUGCACAGAGUAUGCUGAGUUUGUACACACUCAACAAGAUAAUAGUUUCCUAGUAAGAGUGUGGUGGGUGCCAUGGCUCCAGCUUAAAUGGAAGGAAACUACAUCUUUCAUUGUGCAUCCGCUGAUAUUCCAGAAACUCAGAGCAGGAGAAACAGUUAUUUACCUAGAAAGGAAGUUUUAAUACACCUCUGAAUGCAAGCUGCUCUUGUUUUUCAGAAUAUAGACCCAAUUGUUCAUUGAUUUUGAUAUCAGUAGCAUAGAUUGCUGAUGUAUGUAGAAUCUUCUCUUUGGAGGUGUGCCAGCACUUCAGCAUGUAAUCCAAAGUACUUUUUUGUCUGCUGUUUCCUCUCUGAGCUCUGUCAUGGAGUUUUGCAAAAAGUCUUGCUGCUGUUUCAGAGCUGGGGGUCAAAGAAGUAAAAGUCUAUUCUUCCAGAAGGACCCUAGUACCAGGACAAAACACAAGUAUGUAUUGCCAUACUCACCCCCCACUCCUACACCAGUUGGACUGCCUAUCAGGAGGACUUACUUGAAGCAGACACUGUAAUACCUUGUCCUCAAUCUGCUGGUGCUACACAACUUGCAGCCAGUAGCAGUCACUGACAGAGAUAGAGUAGGGAGGGUCUUACCCUUUCAAUAGAAAAUAUUUGCUCUUGCCAGCUG